UUGCACAAAGGAUACUAAAUUGAGUUCAACGGUAUGAAGAAAAAAAGAAAAGAACUAGCCUUUACUCGGGCGUAAUCAGUUAACCUAAACAACCGGUUAUCUCAUUUUUCUAAGUCUAAUUUUCAAUGACUAUGAUGCCCCAUGUUUGUGUUUCUUAGCAUAAUGCUUUUCUCAGACGAGAGUUUAGAAGUGUUGUAACGAAAAUUACCUGAGCUUGACCUGGAACUUGUAUAGGAUUAUGUGUAUUGUUAGGACCUUAGCUUGCCAUUUUCUCUUCUUGUUUUGCUUUCUUGAAUGCAAAUCAGAAAUCAUGAAAGUAAUGGUUUUCCAGGUGAAUUUAUAGUUUUGUGAAAUUUAAGGAUUCUUGUUAAUGCUAUACCAAAAUAUGUACAUUAAUCAACACAUGGCAUGGUGAAAUUCAAUACCUUCCGGGGGACUGUUUCAAAGGGGUUUGCUAAGUCAUGAAAAGGGCAUGCAAGUGGUUUUAACUGAUUGUGAAUGCUUUACAGAUGACCACAUGCAAAGGAUCCAUCUUAAGUUGUCCAGCUCAGAGUUAUUGACCAGGAAAGAACUGUCUACUGGAGAGGUGUAAAUUGGCCAGGUCGUACCUACCUAACAUGGCCUGGUACAGAUUCCUUAUACAUUCGACUUGACACAACUCAAUCUAUGACAUACUAUGCCUAAGCACGUAUAGGUAUGGACGAAGACAAUUUCAGGACUGGACUACAAGUCGAACUAAUAUGUAGAAUAAAAUAAAUUUACACAAAAAAAUUUACUCUAAAAAAAAUUAAUAGGCUAGGAGUGGGCCAAGACUGUCCCUGGGUAUGGAGUCAAAUUAACAUUGUUAGGCUUGUGACCAUGCGUCUAUCGAGUAAAGUUGUCAGCUCAACUUAACAAGAGCUAAGUCUAUUGAUUAUAACCAACCAUGGAUCGAGGUAUAAUUUCUCGUCGGAGAGAGGAGCGGUUUGCGCGUGAGGAAGAGUCAGCCAGGUGCUUAAGAAAGGUCACUUACUCUUUGUCUGUAUGACGACAUCAACAAUUCUAUCAGUUUUUGAUUUUGUGAAUGAAAUUCCAAGCUAGGGGGCCUAAUCUUUCUAUUUUAUAGACUCAUUUCUUGGAGUCGAAAACAUCAAGAAUUUACGCUCUGAUCUGAGUAGUAUGUGACACGUAAAAUUUCGUAUGAAUCAACGGACCACCUUACAAAGUUAAAUAGCUCAACUAAUACAAUGAUUUAUUAACACACAUUUUAUGCACUAAUAGUUGUGCUGCUCGCCACGUGGCCCUAUACCACAAAUAUCCUGUAAUAACUUCACAAAUCAUCAACCUGGUUUUUAUCAAACAAUUUUUAACUAUGAAAUAUUUUGACAAAGCCUCUAUCCGAAGGACAUGUCUCAGUUCAUUGCCUACACACCUAUAUAUUUUUUUGUACCUAGCAACUUGUAUAUAAACCCAUGCAAGAACUCUCUUCUUCAUUCACAAAUCACAAUGAACAAGAAAUUAAAAUUAAAGUUUGUUUUGUAAUAGAAAAUGGCAUCUCAUGAACAGAAAUUCAGGGCUGGUGAAACCAAGGGACGAACUGAGGUAUAUACACAAUUUCAUUGCAGUCUAAUUUACAUGGGUCAAAGGCUUCUACAAUCGAGCUUAGCAGGCAUCGACUUUAAUGUCUCAUCUUUAAAGGGAAGUUGGUCCAUGAAACCAAAGCACAAGAAGCUAAAGAAAAAGCCUCAGAAAUGGAGCCACACUCGAGAGUCAAAGGAUCAAAUCGGCAGCGCAGCGAAAGACAAGAUGUAUGAAACAGCUGAAUCUGCCAAGCAGAAGGCGGGCAGAACAGCCCAGGCCACCAAGGAGAAGGCGGCGCAGAUGGCAGAAUCUGGCCGUGAAACAGUGCAAGCUGGAAAAUAGAAGACUGGUAAACAAAUUAAGGGGAUGG